AUAUUAGCCACUGUAGAGUGAUGCUCAGAGCAGGAAGCAAGGGGAAGAAAUGAAGAGGGGUUGUGAAGGAGCUUCACGGUCUUUUUCAGUCAUAAUGGAUUAAGGGCAAAUGCUUUGUCAGCUUUUGUGGCUUAGGGAUCUCAGCAUCUUGUACAAGGAGCUCCAUUCCAUUCUGAUUAUUCUUGGUGCAGGUUCCCUCUGCUGACAUGGUUUGCAGACUUUCUCCUACAUCAGCACCUUCAUGUGUGAGAAGCUGAAUGGGAUUUACUGCAGGAUGAAAAAAUGGAACAGCCACUUGUACCCCCACCAGGACCUGAAAGCCUUCGCCUCCUCACCAGAGAAUCUGUUGUUGCUAUCGAGAAGCGCUUUGCAGAAGAAAAAGCCAAAAAACCAUCAAAGGACCGCAGAGAUGACGAUGACGAAAAUGGGCCCAAGCCGAACUCGGACUUGGAAGCAGGCAAAGGCUUGCCUUUUAUAUAUGGAGACCUACCAUCGGAAAUGGUCACGGAACCAAUGGAGGACCUCGACCCCUAUUACAGCAACAAAAGGACAUUUAUAGUAUUGAAUAGAGGGAAGACAAUCUUCCGCUUCAGUGCCACGUCUGCCUUGUACAUUUUAACUCCCUUUAACCCCAUUAGAAAAAUAUCAAUAAAGAUUUUGGUACAUUCGUUAUUCAGCAUGCUUAUUAUGUGCACUAUUUUGACCAACUGUGUGUUCAUGACCAUGAGUAAUCCCCCAGAAUGGACCAAGAAUGUAGAAUACACUUUCACUGGAAUUUAUACCUUUGAAUCUCUAAUAAAAAUUCUGGCAAGAGGAUUUUGCUUAGAAGGUUUCACUUUCCUGCGGGACCCAUGGAACUGGCUGGACUUCAGUGUUAUUACCAUGGCGUAUGUAACAGAAUUUGUAAACCUAGGCAAUGUUUCAGCUCUUCGAACUUUCAGAGUAUUAAGAGCUUUGAAAACUAUUUCUGUAAUUCCAGGCCUGAAGACCAUUGUGGGUGCCCUGAUUCAGUCGGUUAAGAAGCUUUCGGAUGUCAUGAUUCUCACAGUGUUUUGUCUAAGUGUGUUUGCACUAAUAGGACUGCAGCUUUUCAUGGGACACCUACGGAAUAAAUGUGUACGGUGGCCCCCAAUAUAUGAACCAAAUAUUACCUCCUACUUUAAUGCCUCCUAUGGCGAGAAUGGCACCUAUAUCAACGUAACUUUAAAUCCAUUUGACAGAGAAGAAUACAUCCUAGAUGAAAAAAAUUUCUAUUUUCUGCCUGACCAGAGGGAUGCCCUUCUGUGCGGCAACAGCACAGAUGCAGGCCAAUGCCCAAAAGGAUUUGUAUGUUUAAAAACUGGAAGGAAUCCUAACUAUGGCUACACCAGCUUUGAUACCUUCAGCUGGGCCUUCCUGUCCCUGUUUCGAUUGAUGACUCAGGACUUCUGGGAGAACCUUUAUAUGCUGACCCUGCGAGCUGCUGGCAAGACCUACAUGAUCUUUUUUGUUCUGGUGAUCUUCUUGGGCUCCUUCUAUCUUAUUAAUCUGAUUCUGGCUGUGGUGGCCAUGGCCUAUGAUGAACAGAACCAGGCAACAUUAGAAGAAGCUGAACAGAAAGAAGCCGAAUUCCAGCAAAUGAUGGAGCAGCUAAGAAAGCAUCAAGAGGACAUUCAGGCAGCAGCAAUUGCAGCACACGAAGCAGCUAUUGGAUCCAGAGAGAUUAGUGGAGGGACAGGUUAUGGAGGCCUGUCAGAGAGUUCAUCUCUAACGUCCAUGCUAAGCUCCAAAAGUGCCAAGGAAAGAAGAAACAGAAGAAAGAAACGGAAACAAAAAGAACAGGGUGACGAGAAGUGUGAUGAUGAGAAAUUCCGCAAGUCAACAUCAGAGAACAGCCUGAAAAAGUUCCGUUUCCCUUUAGAGGGAAUGCGGUUGCCCUAUGACAAGAAAUCCUCCCCCCACCAGUCCCUGCUCGAUGUCCAAGAGGGUCUAUUUUCACCAAGACGGAACAGUAGAACCAGCCUAUUCAGUUUUCGAGGCCGGGGGAAGGAUGUGGGAUCAGAGAAUGACUUUGCGGAUGAUGAACACAGCACUUUUGAGGACAAUGAGAGCAGGAGAGGCUCUUUAUUUGUACCUCGCAGACAUGGGGAGAGGCGGAACAGCAAUAUCAGCCAAGCCAGCAAGGCUUCAAGAACCCUGCCGGUGAUGCCAGCGAAUGGGAAAUUGCACAGCGCAGUGGAUUGCAACGGAGUGGUCUCUCUGCUGGGUGGACCAUCACCAACAUCGCCUGCUGGACUACUUCUGCCAGAGGUGAUAAUAGAUAAACCAGCUUCUGAUGACAAUGGUACCAACACAGAACAUGAGAUGAGGAAGAGGAGGUUAAGUUCCUAUCACGUUUCUAUGGAUUUUUUGGAAGAUCCAAUCCUGAGACAAAGGGCUUUGAGUAUAGCCAGCAAUCUUACCAACACAAUGGAAGAAUUAGAAGAAUCCAGACAAAAAUGCCCACCAUGCUGGAACAAAUUUGCCAACACCUACCUGAUAUGGGACUGCUGUGACGCCUGGUUGAAAAUAAAGCAUGUACUCAAUGUUAUAGUGAUGGACCCCUUUGUUGAUCUUGCAAUCACCAUCUGCAUUGUUUUAAACACCUUGUUUAUGGCCAUGGAGCAUCAUCCCAUAACUGAUGAAUUUGCUAAUGUGCUGUAUGUUGGAAAUCUGGUAUUCACUGGUAUUUUCACUGCAGAGAUGGUCUUCAAACUCAUUGCAUUAGACCCCUACUACUAUUUCCAAGUGGGAUGGAAUAUAUUUGACAGUAUUAUUGUCAGUCUGAGCUUGAUGGAACUUGGUCUGUCCAAUGUGGAAGGAUUGUCUGUACUAAGGUCCUUUAGAUUGCUCCGAGUCUUCAAGUUGGCAAAAUCAUGGCCUACUCUCAACAUGCUCAUCAAGAUCAUUGGCAACUCUGUGGGAGCGCUGGGAAACCUGACUUUGGUGUUAGCCAUUAUUGUGUUUAUUUUUGCUGUGGUCGGCAUGCAGCUCUUUGGUAAAAGCUACAAGGAAUGUGUCUGUAAAAUAUCGCCUGACACAUGUGAGCUUCCACGCUGGCACAUGAAUGACUUCUUCCAUUCCUUCCUGAUUGUCUUCCGAGUACUGUGUGGAGAGUGGAUAGAGACUAUGUGGGACUGUAUGGAGGUGGCUGGACAAUCUAUGUGCCUAACAGUGUUUAUGAUGGUGAUGGUCAUUGGAAAUUUAGUGGUGUUAAACCUGUUCUUAGCUUUGCUGCUGAGCUCAUUUAGCUCAGACAAUCUCUCUGCAACAGACGAGGAUAAUGAAAUGAAUAAUCUACAAAUUGCCGUGGCCAGAAUGCACAUUGGGAUUGCGUGUGUGAAAAGGAAAGUACGGGAGUUCAUCCAGAACGCAUUUGUGAAGAAGAAAAAGGAGCUGGAAGAAAAUAAACCUCUAGAAGACAUGCAGAACCAGAAAGACAGCUGUAUAUCCAACCACACCACAGUGGAAAUAGGCAAAGAUUUUGACUACCUGAAGGAUGGGAAUGGCACAACGGCCACAAGUGGUAUUGGAAGCAGCGUGGAAAAAUACAAUAUUGACAUUGAAAGUGAUUAUAUGUCAUUCAUACAUAACCCAAGCCUUACAGUGACUGUACCAAUAGCUGUAGGGGAAUCAGACUUUGAAAACUUGAACACAGAGGAAUUUAGUAGUGAGUCUGACCUUGAAGAAAGCAAAGAGAAACUGACCUGUUCCAGCUCAUCAGAAGGCAGCACUGUUGACAUAAGGCCACCCGGGGAAGAUGAACCUGCAGCUUUAGUGGAGCCGGAGGAAAUUAUGGAGCCAGAAGCUUGCUUUACAGAAGGGUGUAUCAGGAAGUUCCCUAUAUGUGAUGUCAGUACUCUAGAAGGGAGAGGCAAGCAAUGGUGGAACCUAAGAAAAACAUGUUUUAGAAUAGUAGAGCACAACUGGUUUGAGACAUUCAUAAUCUUUAUGAUUCUUCUUAGCAGCGGAGCUUUGGCUUUUGAAGACAUUUACAUAGAACAAAGAAAAACAAUUAAAACCAUGCUAGAAUAUGCCGAUAAAGUCUUCACAUACAUCUUUAUCCUUGAAAUGCUUCUGAAAUGGGUGGCCUAUGGAUUUGCUAAAUACUUCACCAAUGCCUGGUGCUGGCUGGACUUCCUGAUUGUCGAUGUGUCAUUGGUUAGCUUAGUAGCUAAUGCCUUGGGCUACUCAGAAUUAGGGGCCAUAAAGUCUCUUAGGACACUGAGGGCAUUGAGACCUCUGAGGGCCCUGUCACGAUUUGAAGGGAUGAGGGUGGUUGUAAAUGCCCUUAUAGGUGCAAUACCUUCCAUCAUGAACGUGCUGCUGGUUUGUCUAAUAUUUUGGCUAAUUUUUAGCAUUAUGGGGGUGAACAUGUUCGCAGGAAAAUAUGGCUACUGUUUAAAUAUGACAUCGGAACAAAUCUUUGAUAUUGAAGAGAUCAAUAAUAAAUCCGAGUGUGACGCCCUGAUAGCAGCCAAUAAUCAAAGCGCAAGAUGGAAAAUUGUCAAAGUGAACUUUGAUAAUGUUGGCUUUGGUUAUCUAUCUUUGCUUCAAGUGGCAACAUUUAAAGGCUGGAUGGACAUUAUGUAUGCAGCUGUUGAUUCUAGAAAGGUAGACGAGCAACCAAAAUAUGAAGACAAUCUAUACAUGUACCUUUAUUUCGUCAUUUUCAUCAUAUUUGGAUCCUUUUUCACACUCAAUCUUUUCAUUGGUGUCAUCAUUGAUAACUUUAAUCAGCAGAAAAAGAAGUUUGGAGGUCAAGAUAUCUUCAUGACAGAAGAACAAAAGAAAUAUUACAAUGCCAUGAAAAAACUAGGAUCCAAAAAGCCACAAAAACCUGUCCCUAGGCCACAUAAUAAAUUCCAAGGUGCUGUCUUUGAUUUUGUGUCCAUGCAACCAUUUGACAUCACCAUUAUGAUUUUGAUUUGCUUGAACAUGGUAACAAUGAUGAUAGAGACAGACGACCAGAGCGAUGAAAUGGAAAAUAUCUUGUACAGGGUUAAUGCAGUCUUCAUUGUGCUCUUCACCGGAGAAUGCGUACUCAAGCUUAUUUCUUUACGACAUUACUACUUCACAAUGGGAUGGAAUAUAUUUGAUUUUGUGGUUGUCAUUCUCUCUAUAGUAGGUAUGUUCCUUGCUGAUCUGAUUGAAAAAUACUUUGUAUCACCAACCUUGUUCAGAGUAAUAAGACUUGCCAGAAUAGGACGUAUCCUGCGUCUCAUCAAAGGAGCAAAAGGCAUUCGUACUUUGCUGUUUGCUUUGAUGAUGUCACUCCCUGCUUUGUUUAACAUAGGAUUACUACUUUUCCUUGUGAUGUUCAUUUAUGCUAUCUUUGGAAUGUCCAACUUUGCCUAUGUCAAGAAGGAAAGUGGCAUUGAUGACAUGUACAAUUUCGAAACUUUUGGCAACAGUAUGAUUUGUUUAUUCAUGAUUACAACAUCAGCUGGGUGGGAUGGCUUGUUAAAUCCUAUUCUCAACAGUAAAUACCCAGACUGUGAUCCAGCUAUAGAACAUCCUGGAAGUUCCGUAAAAGGGGAUUGUGGUAACCCCUCUGUUGGGAUUUUCUUCUUUGUAAGUUAUAUCAUCAUAUCCUUUUUAGUGGUGGUAAACAUGUAUAUCGCUGUAAUUUUAGAGAACUUUGGUGUUGCAACAGAGGAAAGUGCAGAACCUCUUGGAGAGGAUGACUUUGAAAUGUUCUAUGAAGUCUGGGAAAAGUUUGAUUCAGAUGCAUCACAGUUCAUUCAAUACCAUAAGUUGACUGACUUUGCUGAUGCUCUAGAUCCACCUCUUCGUAUGCCAAAACCAAACAAUGUACAGCUUAUUGCAAUGGAUCUUCCCAUGGUAAGUGGUGACAGAAUUCACUGCCUUGACAUCCUAUUUGCUUUUACAAAGCGAGUGUUGGGAGAAGGAGACGAAAUGGAUAAUCUCCGUCAACCAAUGGAGGAGCGUUUUAUGGCUUCCAACCCUUCAAAGGUCUCCUAUGAACCAAUCACUUCUACAUUACGUAGAAAACAAGAGGAACUGUCUGCUGUUGUGAUCCAGCGCGCCUUUCGAAGUUAUAUGUUGAGGAAAACCAUACAUCGUGCUUCCUUUCUGUACCAUAAUGCUAAAGACAAAGAUGCAGACAGUCUAAUAACACGAAAGGACGUACUGAGUGAUCGACUCAAUGGGAACUCUACAACAGACAAAGUAGACAUAACACCCUCGACAACGUCUCCCCCAUCAUAUGACAGUGUUACAAAACCAGACAAAGAGAAACAUGAAAAAGAUAAAACAGAGAAAGAAGACAGGGCAAAAGAUAUCAGGGAGCGUAAGAAGUAACCUUUUGUGGCAAAAUGUUUACAGCCUGUGAACAUUAUUUAUGUCAGCAGGACUCCUUUCAGAGAAUUAUGCCAAACUGACAGUUCUUAAAAUUAUGUACUUAUGGUCAGUGCCUACUGUAUGACAGUGACCCCCUGUCAGGAAUGGACUACAAAGACGCUCGAUGCCCUUGACUGGAGGUUACUGUUUUAACCACUUCACUGCUAUAGAGGCUUGCAAUGCAUCGCCCAGGGAUGUUUUGCUGGCCACUUAGGAAGUAAAGGGGUUGAUUUCCCAGCUGACACUGCUGAAGAAGAUAGUCAAAAUGGCUACUCAGACUGUGCGGAAUGGGGACCAUUUUGUGGGAUACAAACCUAUUGUUUUUUUUUGUGUGUUGAACACUUUAGUAAAGUACUUGUAUCCACUGUUUGCAUUUCAACUGCCAUAAUUGCCAUAUGUUUACAAGUUCUAUGUUUAUGGAUUCAUCCUUUUUUUGAAUUCAUAGGUUCUCUACAAUUAUAUGCGACUAUUUUUGUAAAUGGGUUUUAUGUUGGGAAGGAGCUGAUAAUAACGACUUCAAAGGUAUGGGAACCAGGUGUUCUUCAAUAUCUUUCUCUAUAACAUAUAUGAAGAAAAGUGAUUGCAUGAAAGCAUGUCAGGCUCAUAGGUCAUGCAUGGGGGUAAAAAACAAAAAAAAACAAAAAAAAAAGGAGCUUAAAAAAAGAUGACCAUUAUGUGACACUAUUUGUUGAGGUGCUUAACUGUUCAUGCAGUGUCACAUAAACAAAGUUGAAAGGUGCCUGUUUUGCCCCAAUUUAACCCCCAUGUCACGGGGAAGAUAGGAUAAUUUUUAUGCAAGAAAUUGGUAAAGUUAUGGUGCCUGAAGGGAUUAAUUACAUUUACAACUUGGUUUGAGUGAAAUUUAUUUAUUUGACUGCACAGGUUGACCAAAAUCCAUUUUUUUAGGCUUUAUCCUGCAUUAUUCUUUGGCCAUCUUCAGCUUGUCAGCAAGGUUGACUUUGUACAAGCCAAUGGAAUUGCCUGUGUAACAGUAUGUAAAUAGCUCCUUUACUACGUGGUGGAUGUUUGAGCAAGGAAAUAAUGAUUUGGGCACAGUAUUUAUUGCAUCAAAUAUGUACCACAUUAUGUGUAGUUUGCAAGCUUCUGGAAAAUAAUAGAAAAAAAAUAUCUGUACCAAUAUAAAUAGUUUGGACGCUAUCACAGGUGCAUGUUCAUAUUGCCUGGGCUGCUUAUGAUGUUUUAUUUCCCCACCGUCUAGCAGUAUAUUAUGGAAAGCCAUACGUCGUUGGUUAAGUAAGACAAAUUCAGUGAGUUCUGAUUUCUUUGUUGUUAACCUCUUGGCUGCUGCUCUGCAGUUCGAACUGGUUAAGCAAUAGUUUGCAGCUUUUCUUUUAUGUUCCAUCUUAUUUUUGUUUCUCUUCUUGAGUUUUUUUUGCAUUCUGUUAUUUUUGCUUUUGUUACGAAGCGUUUUGUAUCGAUCUAGACAAAAAAUUGGAAAUGUUGCAAACUGCAUUCAAGGACACAAGAGUUUUUAAACAAACUGAUUCUAUAAAUACUGUAAAUAUUCAUUUAGCUUUAUUUUUCAGCAUUUUGUACAUAAGAGAAGAGAAGAAAAAAAAUUAACUAAACUUCAGGGGUUAAUGUUGUGGUCACUUUUCGUACUCGCCCACACUUAGCACUAUUAAAUUGGAGAGCUUUGCAAAUAAAAAAAUAAGAGUUGUAAAUUUUGCUAUUUUAUUAUAAUUUUUGGGGGGGUUUUUUUGGUGCACAUGCUGAAUGUGAAAGUAAAUGUGUGAAAUUGGGGACCACAGCUCGCACAAGAAAAAUAUGUUUAUGUUGAAGAUGUACUUUAGAAAACACCAGGUUAAAUAUGCAGAAACUGCGAGAUAUGCCUGCAUCAGGGAUUUAACCUUUUUAGCACCAGGGUACUCCGCAUACUUGAGCAACAAGUUCUUUCAUAAAGUGAUGGCUGGAAAGGUUAAAUAUAGUUGUAUUUUUGGUUGAUUUGCAUACGGUUUAGGGAACCUGCUGCUCUAACAGCGGUGAUAGGGCAUCUGACUCUGUACAUGGACAUUUAUGGGCCAAAAUCGGUACGUAAUCGGCUCAUAGUAAUUUGUGGGCUUGAGAUCUUCAUGGAAUGUGGGGCCUGAAUCCCGACCAACAAGUAGCCCCAGUACCAAGGUGUUUGUCUUUAGAAUUAAGCAACAAUGAUGUAAAAGUCAUUAGAAAGUCGCUCUGUAUUCACCAAAAACCAGAAAAAUCAAAGGCACUUUCUGGGUUAUCCAGAGCUGAGGCAAUAUCCACUGGAAUGCUAACUGUUAAUUCUUGGAUACAACACCAUAACUGAAGCACUUCAAGCCUCAGUUACAUGAAGGGCUUAUAGAGACGUUAUUGAACGCAUUCCUUUGAAUACUACCUCAGCUCAAAUUGGCUACCUCUACUGUGCCUCUAAUUUUUAAUGGAUUUACUUUGUGCUGGAUAAUAAUGGCAAUUUUGUGCAGCUAACAGGUGCUCUUUAAGCUGCAAAUUUUGGAAUGUGCUGUCAGUUUAAAAAUCCUGAUUAAAACCUUCUAGGAAAUGCAGUUUAUCCAAAGCUGGCAAAGCGCAGAUUAGACUUAAAUAUAGUUUACUUUUUGUUUCUAAAGUCUAACUGAAUUACUCAUUCUACUAUUGUUAAUUCAUGCUGCACUGGAAUGUUUAGCCAAUGUGUGGGAUCCACAUGCUUCAUUUCUUCAAAAGAACAUGACUUUGCUUACGACACCAUGUUACCUUCAGUUCUGUUUUGGACACACGAUGACAUUCAAUGUAGACUCCUUUGCUUUCCAGGAAUAAUGACUUGUAGUGUACUGUGAACUGCAUGCAGGAAAAUGCUAUUACCUAAAGUUACAGCUAACUACAUUACAAACAAGCCAAAAGAAUAAAGAUUACAUUUUGUAUUGUA